AUGGCACCAAUCUACUCCAGCACCGCCCAAUGCAUCAUCCUAGAAGACAUAGACGAAGACACUGGACACACACUCGUCCACUACCUAUGCACAGGCGAAUAUGAAGAGCACUGCAAGCGCUGCAAUGGACCCGAGCAGUACAGGCGCAGCGUCCUUGCGUACGUUGCGGCAAGCAAUCUUAGUCUCGGCGAGCUGGAGUCGCUUGCAAGUGAGCAGAUGGAACAGUAUGAGCGUGUCGUUGAUAUCUUCCAGAUACUGGCUGUAGCGCCGGAGAUAUGGCCGAUGGUUUUGGCCGAUGAGGAUGAUGUGGAUGCGGAUCAUCUCGUAGAUAAGGUCACUGCUGCUUUGGAGUGUGAUUUGGAUCUCUAUGAUAGAGAUGGGUUUGUGCAUUUUGGACAGUCGCUAGAGUUUGAUAAUUUCUUGCUGUAG